AGCUUGGGGUCGAGAGCCCGCCUCCUGGCCCAUAAGGCCCUGGGCCGGAAGCUCCACUCCCUCUUCCUGCUCUCCAUCAUGGCGCAGGAUCAAGGUGAAAAGGAGAACCCCAUGCGGGAACUUCGCAUCCGCAAGCUGUGCCUCAACAUCUGUGUGGGGGAGAGCGGAGACAGACUCACCCGAGCGGCCAAGGUGUUGGAGCAGCUCACAGGCCAGACCCCUGUGUUUUCCAAAGCUAGAUACACUGUCAGAUCCUUUGGCAUCAGGAGAAAUGAGAAGAUUGCUGUCCACUGCACAGUCCGUGGCGCCAAGGCAGAAGAAAUUCUGGAGAAAGGUUUAAAGGUACGGGAGUAUGAGUUACGAAAAAAUAACUUCUCGGAUACUGGAAACUUCGGUUUUGGGAUCCAGGAACACAUCGAUCUGGGGAUCAAGUAUGACCCAAGCAUUGGUAUCUACGGCCUGGACUUCUAUGUGGUGCUGGGUAGGCCAGGUUUCAGCAUCGCAGACAAGAAGCGCAGGACGGGCUGCAUUGGGGCCAAACACAGAAUCAGCAAAGAGGAGGCCAUGCGCUGGUUCCAGCAGAAGUAUGAUGGAAUCAUCCUUCCUGGCAAAUAAAUAACCGUUUCUAUUCAAAAGAACAAUAAAUGUUUUCAAUGAAAUAUA